AUGCCACGGUUUUGUGAAAGACUUGUGCGAUCUUUACUUCUUGAUACAUCAUUCGAAAAGCUGAAGUCUGGACCAAAGCAACAAUCGACAAGUAAUUUGAAGCGUAAACUCGGUGAUCAUAAGUUAGAUGAAAUGGAAGGAUCUGCAUCUGCCCGCAAAGUCCGAAGACGCUGUGCUGGUUGCUAUGAAAAAGCAGAGUGCGAUAAUCAAGACAAGCCAGUUUAG